GCUGUACAAGCUGAAAACUAUCUGACCCCAGAGCUCCGCUGUUUUAUCACAACUUUUCCUUAGUCUCAUGCAAGCUGAGGUUACAGUUUUAUUACCGGUGCCAGCGGGGCGGUGAACUUUGACUCGCGUCUUUAAUCGGGCACUGUACCUUUAAAAACAAACUGCUCCCUGUUUUCAACGGUCGACCGGUGGCCACGUACGGCUGCGUGCUCCAACGGUUAUCCCACGGUCCGCUCGUUAACGGUAGACCAGUUCUAUCAGUUAACCGUCGCGACGUUUUAAGGGACAUAUCAGCUUAUUUGAACUAACUUUCCCCUGAGAAGAGUGUUUAUUUCUUUUUCUUCUCUUUUUAAAAUGCUUGUCAGAGAUGCGCUGGAUAAAGUUUUGAAUGAAGGUUCCCCGCUGGCACUGUAAAGCGGGAGGAGGGGGCAGUUUGUGGGGUCGUCCAGGCUAUCGGAUCUGGGAUCUGCUCACAUUUAUAACCAGACAGACUGCGGCUUGUUUCGGAGCAGAGCUGAGCUGGACGACGUGCAGUUUCACAGAGGAGGAAGCCGAGUUUUAAACUUCUUUAUCAACUGGAAAAGUUUGGAUUCACAGAAAAGUUUCUCCCCGGGUCUGGACCUUUCGAGCUGCUGGACUGUAAGCGAACAACUCACUCUGGAUAUAUCACUCUUUUAAAGACUUUUAAAUUAGUUAGCCUCCAUAACACAACUCGUAACUUUACUUUUUUUUGGAAGCAGACACACGAAGUAUCUCCAAAAUGGAUAAAUACGAGGAUUUAGGACUCGAGGCGAGUAAGUUUAUCGAGGAUUUAAACAUGUACGAAGCAUCCAGAGAUGGUUUGUUUCGUACCAGGAGGGAUGCGGGAAACAACCCCGACUUUGAAGAGACGAGAAAAGUUUUUGCCUCUAAAAUGACUAAAAUACACAUGCAGAAACACCAGGAGGAGAUGGCAAGAAACAACCAGGCCAUUAAAAUGAAUGGGGGCUAUAACAGCACACAUUACACCAAAGACAGACCGCCCAUCAACAGUUACAGACAGCCGGGUGAAGCGGCAGCGAAGCCCCCGAUACUCUCUGGCCCUGUGCCGGGCACCACGGCUGGGAACCAGUACGCACAAUUUGACGGCCAGAAACACCACACAGGCAUUCAGUCUGAACCUCCAGCCGCCAAGGCAUAUGGCUACGGAAACAAUUACGAUAAUAAGGAGCGUUUAGAGCCACAUUCAUACCAGCACCCCACCCCUACUCCCCCAAGCCCAGGAAACGCGUCUCACAGCGCGCCCACACACGCUCGUCAGCCCGUCAUCCAGCCGACUGCCUGGGCCCCAUCCAGUGAGAGCCAGCUUUCCCCAUCUCUGUCUGUGUCUGGGAGCAGCAGUGCAUCUCAGCAGCAGCCUCAGCGCCAGUCUGCACCUCCCACCGCCAACACUGUUCCACCCCAGCCAAAUCAGACUGUCACCCAGCCUAUAAACCGGAGUCCACCCUCCACUGCUGGGCCAGCCAGGGUAUGGACUGGUGACCCCUCUGGCUCAGCAAAACCAGACCCCAUCCCUGCUCUCCCACUCAGCGCCUUCACAGGAGGUGCUGACUUCCACAUGCAAAAGCCCUCCACACAGUCUGCGGCCCAUUACGCGCCACCUUCUCCGACUUCAAGACCCUCUUCCAACCAUAAUGGUCCUGUGUCAGCUUCCUCACUUCUACCUGCACCCUCUGAAACAGCUCAACCCAAAGCUCAGGUGGCAUCUGCUGCUCUGACCCCUGGCACUGUCUCCAAAAGUAGCAGCCAGAUCCAAGGUCACAGCCAAACACCCUGCUGCGGACAGGCCACCAGUGAUGCUGAAGUCUCCCCCAAACCUGUCCAACAACUCUGCCAGUCUCUCCUCACGCAGCCCCCUGACCAGGGGCCUUCAGCAGCUGAAAUAAAAUUAGAGGCCCUCACUAAGCGUCUGGAAAAAGAGAUGGAUGCCCAACCAAAGGCUGACUAUUUUGGAGUCUGUGUUAAGUGCAACAAGGCGGUGUAUGGAGCCAACCAGGCUUGUCAAGCUAUGGGUAGCCUCUACCAUGACAGCUGCUUCACCUGCAGCGCCUGCAGUCGAAGGCUCAGAGGGAAGGCGUUCUACUAUGUCGGAGGGAAGGUUUUCUGCGAAGAGGACUUUCUGUACUCUGGUUUCCAGCAGUCUGCAGACAAGUGCAACUCAUGUGGACAUCUGAUCAUGGACAUGAUCCUGCAGGCCCUCGGGAAGUCGUACCACCCCGGCUGUUUCCGCUGUGUCAUCUGUAAUGAGAGCCUUGAUGGAGUGCCCUUCACUGUAGACACUGAAAAUAAGAUCUACUGUCUCAAAGACUACCACAGGGUCCUGGCGCCUAAAUGUGCAGCCUGUAAUCAGCCCAUCCUUCCUUCAGAGGGGUCUGAUGAAACCAUUCGAGUUGUAUCCAUGGACAAAGACUAUCAUGUGGAAUGCUAUCACUGCGAGGAAUGUAAGAUGGAGCUGAAUGACGAGGAGGGUCACCGCUGCUACCCUCUGAACGGCCACCUUCUUUGCCACUCCUGCCACCUAAAGAACAUUGAACCAGGCUGCUCCUCUGCCAUCGCCACCGGCGCCUCCUACUAACACUUCCAUAGGUGGAGGAGGACACCUGGUGGAUAAAUGGAGGAACUUCCAAAGAAAGGAGGAGUGGAUUAUGUACAAUUCUUGUUGUAGAGGAUUGAUUAAUGCUAUGUGUCGAAUCAUACUGUGGU